UUUUCGAGUUAUUCUCGAUGAUUGAGUUUAAAUUAAUAAUUCCAUGAAUACUCUUCGGCUGAACAAACGCUUUUCUAACUUAUCGAUUGAACAUAUAGUUGUAAAUUUUACAUUUGUUCGUAUAGGUAUAGAAAUCUGCUUGAUAAAACAAUAUUGACUUUCGCACAAUUUUAUUGCGUGAUAUUAAAUAUAUUUCAAAAAUUUACAACCUAUUACCGAUGUGACCUGAAUUAUUUGUUUAUUAUAUAUAUAUAUAUUGUAUAAUUAUGAACAUUUUUUUAUUCUUUUACUGCCCCUCCCCAGUCGUUCAGAGAACGGAGAGUCGCUGUCGAAAAAUAUAGUAUAAAUCGGGCAGGUUCUAGCAUUUUGCGAUGUACUCGGGUAUUCACUCCACUUCAACGCGCAUCUCGUCGAUUGGUGGGAUUUCCAUCGGCAACCGCUGAUUGUGGCGCAAUUUUAGUUGUUUUUUUCUUUAUUAGUUUUGAGUUUAUAUGAAGUCUUGCGCGAUGUUCGUGAAAGUGUUGAUGUUAAUAGCUUUAAGCAUCUGCAGUUGCAGUGCUUUCACGGCCAGACAGUUAGUUUAUCCAGGACAGGAUGAACUUUUUCAACUGACCAUCGCCCACAUGAAUGAUUUUCACGCGCGGUUUGUUCAAACUGGUCGUUGUAACGAUGGCGGCGAAGGUUGCUACGGAGGUUUGGCCCGGCUCAUGACCGCCGUCAAACAAAUCAAAUUAGAGCAGCCGAAUACGAUUUAUCUCAACGCUGGUGAUAACUAUCAAGGGACCCUAUGGUUCAACUUGUUCAAAGGCAAUGCAACUGUAGAGUUUAUGAAUAAGUUUCCACAUGAUGCCAUGGCGAUCGGUAAUCAUGAUUUCGACGAUGGAGUGUCUGGACUCGUCUAUUUUCUUGAGAGAUUCAAUGCACCCGUUGUCGCUGCUAAUAUCGAUUCUAGCGAAGAGCCAAGUAUGCAGGGAUUGUAUCGUAAUAGCACGAUUAUCGAAAGAUCAGGAAAAAAAAUUGGAAUCAUUGGCGUGAGUCAUGAACAGACAUGGACCAUGUCGCAAUCAGGCAAGGUUAAAUUUUUAGAUGCAGCUAGAUCGAUCAAUUUGGAAGCAGAAAAAUUGAAAAAGCAAGGAAUCGAUAUCAUUAUCGUAUUGAGCCACGUCGGCCUCGAAAACGAUCGUAAACUAGCUCGAAAUUGUCCGGACGUCGAUGUUAUCGUCGGUGGUCAUUCGCAUACUUUCCUUUACACAGGUAAGCCACCUUUCAACAACGAUGAACCCGCCGACGAUUACCCAGUAGUAGUGCAACAGGAAGACUCCAAAAGGACUGUGCUGAUCGUUCAAGCUGGAGCAUACACCAAAUACCUCGGAAAUCUCACCGUGUGGUUCGAUAGUAAGGGAGAAGUGGCCGACUGGGAGGGAGCUCCAAUUUACUUAGAUAGCUCCAUCGAGCAAGAUGAAAAAAUGCUGAAAGAUUUGAAGCCUUGGGCCGAUAUCGUCGAGCAACACGGCAAUGCAGUGGUCGGCACGAGCAGGACUACUCUCAGUAAGGAGUGUUUGUACGUCGGAGAUUGUGCCGUGGCCAAUCUGGUGACCGACAGCUUCGUUCACGCAUUCCGCAAGUUCAGUGAAUCCCCGAAACACUGGACAUAUGCAGCAAUUGCCUUCGUCAAUUCCGGUGGCGUUAGAAAUCAGUUGCCGGCGGGUAACAUCAGCUACGCCGAUGCGAUAUCAAUCUUGCCUUUCGAAGAUGAUUUAGUCGUUGUUGAAUUACCUGGAAGGAAAAUACGCAACAUUAUUGAAAAAAGUUUAAAACAGGAAGAAGCUAAUGGUAAAAUGCAAUUGACACUCUACUCACAUAACUCAGGAAUACGAUUGAGUUACGAUUUGACUAAACCUGAAAAAUCUCGUACUACAAAUAUUCUUGUUCAAUGCCAAGCUUGUGAUAAGCCAGUGUAUGAACCAAUGGAUGAGGACAAAAUUUACAGAGUGAUUUUGCUCGAAUAUCUUGCAACUCACCCACUUUUUGCCGAGGAAAUCACAGAGCCGCUCAAAUUCUUCAAUAUCCGAGAUCUCGAUGCUUUUAUCGAAUACACGAAAUCGAUAUCUCCUUUUUUCUAUGAAGCCGAUCAGCGUGUAACUUAUAAGUACUAAAAAUUCGAACGAAUCACACAGCAGAAGUUUAUGAAAAAUGUAGAACAAUUUUGUGAGCUUUUAUAUAAAUCUUGAGGAUAAAGAAAAAAUAUUAUUUGCA